AUGGCAUCCAACCCCAUGCAACGAUGCUGCAUCAUCGGCGCAAAGCACUCAGGCACACCACAAGGCCAAAUCAAACACAUCGACAACAUCCGCACAUACACCACCUACCCCCCCAACAACCCCUCCCCCUCAAACGCCAUCCUCAUCAUGACCGACGUCCUCGGCAUGGACUUCCCCAACACCCAACUCAUCGCCGACCAGUUCGCGCAAAACGGCUAUCUAACCGUCAUCCCCGACGUCUUCAACGGGAGCGAAGUGCCGUUUCCGCCUCCGGAGUCGUUUGACUUGCAGGAGUAUGUUGAGACGGUUAUGCCGAAGACUGAUACUGUGGAUCCUAUGUUUGAGACGGUGAUUAAGUAUCUGAGGGACGAGUUGGGGAUUAAGAGGUUGGGCGGUGUGGGAUAUUGUUUCGGUGGGAAGUACGUAUGUCGGUUUUUGAGAGAAGGGGGGUUGAGGAAUGGGGGGAUUGACGCGGGGUUUACUGCGCAUCCUAGUUUUGUGGAUAAGGAAGAAGUUAGGGGUAUUAGGGGGCCGUUGAGUAUUGCUGCUGCAGAAACCGAUUCCAUCUUUCCAGCCGAGAAGCGGCGCGAGACAGAAGAUAUCCUCAAAGAGCACACCGUGCCGUACCAGAUGUUCCUGUAUUCGGAUGUUGAGCAUGGGUUUGGUGUUAAAGGGGAUUUGUCGCAUGCGAAGGCGAGGUUUGCGAAGGAACAGGCUUUUUUGCAGGCGGUGGGGUGGUUGGACGAGUAUGUUAAGAAAGGGGCGGAGGUGUAG